UACUAAAAGUAUUAUAUCUUCGUCUAAUUCUUUUCUAAAUAAACGACAACAACAAAUUAUGCAUAUAAAUACUUUUUUUAAACAAAAUCCUGGAAAUAAAGUAAUAUGGAACAACAUUCCCAAAACAACGAAAAAUAAGUUUGUACCAAUAACGAGAUUAGAACAAUUCAGGAAAUUUUCGAAUUCAAGAGUGUUUUGUCAUAAAGAAAUAACUCCACCGAAAGAAGGGGAGGGAGUGAAGAUUAACUUUAUUACUCCUGAAGGCGAAAAAAUAACCAUAAAUGCUAAUAUUGGAGAUAGUAUUAUGGAUAUUACUCAAGCGCAUGAUAUUGAUCUAGAAUGUGCGUGUGAAGGAUCAUUAGCGUGUUCUACAUGUCAUGUAAUUGUGGAUCCGGAAUAUUAUGAUAAACUUGAUGAACCAACAGAUGAAGAAAAUGAUAUGUUGGAUCUAGCAUUUGGUUUAACAGAGACUUCACGGUUAGGAUGUCAGAUUGUAAUGAGAAAAGAUUUGGACGGAAUAACAGUUACUAUUCCUUCUGCAACGAGGAAUAUGAGGCUCGAGGGUAAAAAAUAAUUUGAAAUUUUUAUUAAUUAUUAUUAUGAAUAGAACUAUCGUAGAUUAGUUUGAUGAGCACAAUAAAAUUCAAACUGU